GCACACAUGGGCAGACGCACCAGGGUGGGUGCACCUGCGUGCCCGGCACACCGCUCCUGACCCCGCCUGGGGCUCCUUCCCGUCCCGCCCCCCGCCCCUAUGACCAACAUGAGCUGGAGCUUCCUGACGCGGCUGCUGGAGGAGAUCCACAACCACUCCACGUUCGUGGGCAAGGUGUGGCUCACCGUGCUGGUGGUCUUCCGCAUCGUGCUCACGGCCGUGGGCGGAGAGUCCAUCUACUCGGACGAGCAGACCAAAUUCACGUGCAACACGCGGCAGCCGGGCUGCGACAACGUUUGUUACGACGCCUUCGCGCCCCUGUCCCACGUGCGCUUCUGGGUCUUCCAGAUCGUCGUCAUUUCCACGCCCUCCGUCAUGUACCUGGGCUACGCGGUGCACCGCCUGGCCCGCGCCUCGGAGGAGGAGCGCCGCCGCGCGCCCCGCCGCCGCCCGACCCGCGCGCCCCCGCCGCUGCCCCCGCCGCCGCACUCCGGCUGGCCCGAGCCCGCGGGCCUGGGCGAGGAGGAGCCCAUGCUGGGCCCGGCCGAGGAGGAGGACGAGGAGUCGGCGGUGGCCGACUGCCCGGGCGAGGAGGCCGAGGCGGGGGACGCGGGCGCGGCCAAGGGCGCGGGCGAGGACGGCAAGGCGGCGGGGGCCCCGGGUCCCUCCGCGCAGCACGACGGGCGGCGGCGCAUCCAGCGCGAGGGCCUGAUGCGCGUGUACGUGGCGCAGCUGGUGGCGCGGGCCGCCUUCGAGGUGGCCUUCCUCGUGGGCCAGUACCUGCUGUACGGUUUCGAGGUGCGGCCCUUCUUCCGCUGCAGCCGCCAGCCCUGCCCGCACGUGGUCGACUGCUUCGUGUCGCGGCCCACAGAGAAGACCGUCUUCCUGCUGGUCAUGUACGUGGUCAGCUGCCUCUGCCUACUGCUCAACCUCUGCGAGAUGGCGCACCUGGGCCUGGGCAGCGCGCAGGACGCGGUGCGCGCCCGCCGGCCCCCGCCCGCCGCCCCGGGCCCCGCGCCGCGCCCGCCGCCCCGCACGCUGCCCGCCGCGCCCGCCGGCCUGGCCGGCCCGCCCGACUACAGCCUGGUGGUGCGCGCGGCCGAGCGCGCGCGCUCCCACGACCACGACCUGGCCAGCCUGGCGCUUCAGGCGCUGCGGGACCGGCACGCGCUGGGAGACCGCGACAGCCCGCCGUGCCCCGGCCUCCCCGCGGCCGCCCGGGGGCCCCCGCGGGCCGGCGCCCCCGCCUCCGGCUCGGGCAGCGCCACGUCGCGGGGCACGGGCACCGGCGGGGGCCAGGCCAGGCCAGGCGCCGAGCCCAGGGCGGGCUCGGAGAAGGGCAGCGCGAGCAGCAGGGAGGGGAAGACCACCGUGUGGAUCUGAUGGCCUGCCCCUGAGCCUGUCCGUCCUCCCUCCGGGCCAGGGCUGCGGUGCGGGGCUCUGGGGGGAGGCCAGGGGCUGCACGGGCUGGACGCGCAGGACCCCGAGCACAGCCUGCCCUCUUCUUUCUCCUCCGCCUCUUCGUCGGCUGCCCGCCCCCGCUCGGGAGGGGGGCGGGAGGGGGGGCGGGCACGGCCCGCAUCACCUGCUCCACACCUGGCCCCCCCUGCGUGAGUCCCCGCUCUGUCCAGGGUGGGAGCUGCCAGGGCCCCCAGCUCGGAUCCCUAAACCCCGAAGAUGCGGUUGGGACUGUGGCUGGGGCCGUGUUCCUCCGACCCCCAGGGUCACUCGGAGCCUCACCUGUGGGGGUGCUUGGCCCUUUCCUCUUGAGCCUCUCUUGGCUCUCCGGCUCGCUGCGCUGCCUCAGGCCGGGGGCUCUCCUCCCCUGCUCCCCUGCAGCAGCUCAUGUACGUCACCCAGAGGUGCCUGGCCUGGGGUACUGGGGGCACUGUGCUGGCUCCCUACUCCCUGCAGCAGCAAAUGGGGCUCCUUCCCCACACCCCCACCCCAACCCCACUUCCUGUUUCCUGCAGAGCUGGAAGCAAUCCUAGGUCUUUCUUGUACACAAGGGGAAACCGAGGUUGGAUGGGCCUGGCCCCUGCUGAGCCCCAGAGGGGGAGCUGCCUCAUUCUCUUCUGGGGAGUGUGGGGCAGCCCUGGACCGCGCUCUCAGUUCCCCACCUAGACAACGGGACAGAGGCCCUGGGGUGGACAGACCACGCCCUCUGGAGCUUCUGCACCGGUGUGGUGGGGCCCCCUCCCCUGGGACAUACUGGAAGUCCUGCAAAGGUGUUGGCUCACCUUUUGCCGGGUCCUGCUCAGGGCUUGGGUGUUGGCCAUUCUGGGGGAAGGGGUUCUGGGGCUCCUACCUACCCCUUCUCUGCCCUCCAGCCCCCUCCCUAAUUCAAACACAGUCUCCAAAACAA